AGUUGUAACGUGCUUUAACUCUGGGUAUGGGCUCUGGACCCACCUACACUGUAACAUAGGUCUCCGUGUUCGGUGUAGUAGAACCUUCUGUGCUUUCGGGAGCUGGACGCGGAGGAGGGCUCCUGCAGGAACGGCUUGGGGCGCGGAGGGAAGAGCGACCCGAGAGCCUGACGGCAGGACUGUGCGGGUGAAGAAAGCUGCUCUGGCGGACUGCGAGCCGGAACGUACCCCGGCCGUCCCUUGGAUCUCUGGCCGGUCUCACCAUGCUCGGGGCCCGGCGCCUGCUCGGAGCGCUGCGCCUCUGUUCCUCUGUUUCCUGCCCCAGGCCCCGCGCGACUGCCAAACUGCGCGUGCGGGACGCUCUUGGGGUCCAGGACGCGAGUGGGGAGUGCGUAACGGUGCAGGGGUGGAUCCGGUCAGUCAGAUCCCAGAAGGAAGUUUUGUUCCUGCAUGUAAAUGACGGCUCUUCUUUGGAAAGUCUUCAGGUUGUUGCAGAUUCAAGCUUCGACAGUAGAGAAUUGGCUUUUGGGAGUUCUGUGCAAGUCCAAGGGCAGCUGGUCAAAAGUCAGUCCAAGAGGCAAAAUGUGGAACUGAAGGCAGAGAAGAUUGAAGUUGUUGGAACCUGUGAAGCCAAGGCAUUUCCUAUAAAGUAUAAGGAGAGGCAUCCUCUGGAGUACCUGAGACAGUACCCUCACCUGAGGUGUCGGACUAAUGCUCUGGGUUCCAUACUGAGAGUCCGCAGUGAAGCCACAGCUGCUAUUCAUUCCUACUUUAAGGACAACGGCUUCAUGCACAUCCAUACCCCAGUCCUCACGUCCAAUGACUGUGAGGGGGCCGGAGAGCUCUUUCAAGUGGAGCCUUCAAGCAAAAUAAAGGUACCCGAGGAGAAUUUCUUUGAUGUUCCUGCUUUCUUAACUGUCUCAGGACAACUUCACCUAGAAGUGAUGUCAGGAGCUUUUACCCAAGUGUUUACCUUCGGCCCAACGUUCCGAGCUGAGAAUUCGCAGAGCCGGAGACACCUGGCUGAAUUCUAUAUGGUCGAAGCCGAGGUUUCUUUUGUUGAAAGCCUUCAGGAUCUCAUGCAGGUCAUGGAAGGACUCUUCAAGGCCACCACCGAGAUGGUUCUCUCACACUGUCCUGAAGAUGUUGAACUGUGUCACCAGUUCAUAGCUUCUGGCCAGAAGGACAGACUAGAACAUAUGCUAAAAAACAACUUCCUAAUCAUCUCUUAUGCAGAAGCAAUUGAGAUCUUAAAGCAAGCAUCCCAGAACUUCACCUUUACACCCAAGUGGGGUGUUGAUCUACAAACUGAACAUGAGAAGUACCUGGUGAGACACUGUGGCAACAUACCAGUCUUUGUCAUUAACUAUCCAUCAGAACUCAAGCCCUUCUACAUGCGGGAGAAUGAAGAUGAUCCUCAGAACACAGUUGCUGCUGUAGAUCUUCUGGUUCCUGGAGUUGGGGAGCUCUUUGGAGGUAGCCUCAGGGAGGAACGGUACCAUGUCCUAGAGCAGCGACUAGCAAGAUCAGGACUUACGAAAGCCUAUCAGUGGUACCUGGACCUUCGCAAGUUUGGAUCUGUGCCGCAUGGAGGCUUCGGGAUGGGAUUUGAACGCUACUUACAAUGUAUCCUAGGAGUUGACAAUAUCAAAGAUGUUAUCCCUUUUCCAAGAUUUACUCAUUCGUGUCUUUUGUAGCUGAAAGAUUGUUUAAUGAGAAGUUCUCCAUGGCCAUGAGUAUGUAUGGAGAAGACUGGGGGUCUGUGUUCUGGAAAUGUGGAGUUCAGGGCACAAUUCAUAAUAUAUGAAAAAUACAAAUGGUCUUGAUCACCUUGAGGAGUCAAAGGCUUUUCAUGGACAAACUCCUGCAAGGAGAAAUACUAAGAGCAAGUGGGCUCUCAAAUCCGUUACCUAAGUUAAGAAGAAAGCAGUAGUGGCAGGGCUGUCCGGCCACUGGAGGAGCUGGCACAGGAGAGUAACUUGAGCCUGGGUAACAUCUCAAGAAAGAAGAAAGGAAGACAUGGAGGUGUAGACACUCAGAGUGCCUGAUGGUCCUGCCUCACCUUGCUUCAGAUCUUGGUAGCUCACUUCCCUUUGGUUUGUUUUGUUUUUGGUUUUUUUUGGGGGGGGAGGGGUUGUUUUGGUUUUUAAACAACUAGUGGCUAAAAAAUAAGGUGAUGCCGACCCUUUUCUCCCUUGCCAUUUAAACCAACAACGCCAGUCUUACUCUCGGUGCUUUACUCAGCUUCAUAGAAGAAAAUAUUCCUUUUCAGGGUCUAAAUCAAUUAAUGAAGUGGCUAUUCUGAAUUGAAAUAUUCAUCAUUGAGUAGUGAAAAAAAUCACAUUUAAUAACUGUUGAUCUUUAGUUUUAAAAGUUAAAGAGCUAACAUUAACCAUUUAAACUUGUCAAUCAUUGUUCUAGUUCAUUUAUAUUAGAUGUUUAUAAUAUUUUUAAUAGUCAUUAAAAUGCUUUUCUAAGUUGAUACCUAUGAAAGAAGUUAUUUUUAAAUUCCUCUUGAUCCUUUCCCCAUGAAAUCUGGAAGAAAGAUAUCUUUAAUCAAAGGUGGUAUUGGAAAUGUGGCCAAAUCUACAAGAUGGGUAAUUUUAGAAUAUGGUGUGGCCUGGUAGACUGUGACUGGUGCCACUUUUGAGUGCUCAAGAUCUGAGACUUCUAACACCUUGGACAACACCACUUGCUUUGUAUAGGCUGAAACAUCAUUUCUUCAGAGCUGUUACAGUACUUGGACACACUUGUAUUUGUGUGUAUCUGAAAUCAUGCUUGAACUGGAAAUGCAACUCAGGUAGAGCAUUGGCCUAGCAUGGCAAAUGCGCUCUGGGUUUGAUCCGAGGCGUGGGUAGGACUUGGGGGUGUCAUGCUGUUAAAGCUCUUGACUUGUUUUAGUCUUCACUGGGCUUCAUUUAUGUGGAUCUAUUGUUGGUUGUACAUUCAGUUGAAUUUAUAUGUAUCAAAUUAUCAAAUAAUUUUAAAAUAACAUGCAUACCUAAAAUAAUUUUCAAAGUUUCAUUGGA